CUUUUUUAAAAGGCAAAGACUUCUUUGGACCUGAAAUUUACAAGAGAAAGAAUGUUUUUUUAUUGUGAAAGGAGAUCCAGAAUUUGGUAAUGGUGAUAGGUCAUAAUAUGGAUAACUACAAUUACCAAGCCAACCAAGAAUAAAGACUGUUCAAGGUGCCACAAUCUAAUGGAUGAAAUUAAUUGGAAUGGAAACUAAGUUUGAUGAAGAGAAGCAGGUACCCUCUUUUUCUGUGCUUGUCAAGAAUCCAGGGCCAUCAAAAGAUGCAGAGAAUGGAGGAUCAGAUAGUCACCUUGGGGUAUCUAUCAUUUCCUGGGGAUCUAAAUCUCACCCAAAGGACCUUUGCUCUGUUCCACAGACACCAAAGCAAAAUGAACCAUCUUCAUCAUACGUUCAAGUGCCUGGCUACCUGAGUAUUACUAAUGAGCCUAAAAAUCAAAAUUUCUUUAGGGAUUCACUAUAUCCUACUUCAACUAAAGCUGAAGAUUAUGUUUUCCCUCUCAAGAUAUGUCCCUCAUUAUAUCUUCCAAAUGAAAGAUCUGAUGGUAAACCAGAAAUCAUUCCUGAAAUGUAUGUCAUUAAACAAAAACCCAGCACAAUCACUUUUUCCAACAAUGAAUGUUUAACCCCUGCCAUUGACAGUGACCUCCACAUCUGCGGAAUCAUUGAUACAGAAACUUCUUCAUAUGAAUCUGUGGAGGAAGUAGAGGAGGGGGGUGAUGAAGCUUUCCCACAGCUGCCACUCUUCGAGACAUUUUUUAAAGACAUUCAGACAAAAGAAAUCCCCCAUGACAAACAAAAGGCACUUGGAUUUAUGGAAGAGAAACAUGCCUUUAAUGAGGGUAGUUCCUGUGAACAUUUGGGAAUAGUACCAAACAAGAAGGAGAACAAAGAAAACUCAAUCAGCAAGGUGGCACAGCCCAAGGGCUCAGAAUGGUCAGACUCUAUGGCCUGUGUCAUGAAAAAGUUAGAGCAGCUAAAUUUAGAUAUUGAAGAAGCUCUCAGUGCUGGCUCUUCCCCUUCUCAUACUCCUUCUUUCAAAAGGCGCAAACAGCAGAGUUCUAAAAAAGUGGAAAGUGUACUUAAUAAAGAUCAUCAAAGCAAGGGAAUUUGUAGAAAUAAGGAGGAAAGUGUCCUGGAUCUAGAUUUUGUGCCAAACCCAAUGCCAACUGGUGCACGACCGAAGAUGAAAGUGCUGCCUGACAAACAGGUCAAGGAGAGAGCUGAAAUUGAAGCAAAGGAGGCAUGUGACUGGUUGCGGGCUGCUGGAUUUCCACAAUAUGCUCAGCUUUAUGAGGAUUCACGAUUUCCUAUCAACAUCGAAGCUGUAAAGAAAGAUCAUGAUUUUCUUGAGAAGGACCUUGUAGAACCUCUUUGCAGACGACUCAACACAUUGAACAGGUGUGCCCCAAUGAAACUUGAUGUGAACAUCCAAAGGAAAAAGAGUGAGGACUCAGAUGAAGAAGACCUAUGUAUCAGUAACAAAUGGACUUUUCAAAGGACAAGCAGGAGAUGGUCUCGAGUGGACGACAUCCACACGUUGUUCCCCCAAGCAAACAGACAUGGAUCGUCUGGGGACAUCAGAAUGAAAACCACCACAAGCAGUGAGAGCGUCCUUACUGACCUGAGUGAGCCUGAGGUCUCUUCUAUUCACAGUGAAAGCAGCGGAGGGAGCGACAACAGGAGCCAGUCUGGCAUCAACAGUACUGGCAGAGAGGUGUUUGACUGUACAGGACAGUACUGUGGGGAAACCCCAGUCAUGCUCGACUCCACUUUGGUCAGCGGCAGCUUCUUACAGAACCCCAAAGACAUUGCCAGUUAUACUUUUCACCCAAAGAAUGAGAAACCAGCGCGAACCAGAGCCAAAUCUUUCUUAAAACGCAUGGAGACGCUAAGGCCUAGAGGGACUCAUGGCAAGGUAAAGGGAUCAGCAAGGACAGGUGGCUUGGUAAUAAGUGGGCCUGUUCUUCAACAGGAGCCAGAAUCCUUAAAGACCAUGCACUGUGUGCCAUUAGCAAAUGGGGAUUUCCAAAACCCACCCCAAGAUGCAGCCAAGAAAGGACUUCCAUUCUCUGCCAAAUCCAGCAGUGAUAGCAGCCAAUCUGAAAACAGCAGUAGUGGUGUGAGCACACCCUGCUUGAAGGAUCGCAAGUGCCAUGAAGCCAACAAACGAGGGGGGAUGUAUCUGGAAGACCUCGAUGUUCUGUCUGGGACAGUACUGCAGGAAGUCAUUGACCAAAACCAUAAAAAUGACUUUCAUUCCCAGGAGAAUCUUGUGGUCCAUAUUCCCAAAGACCACAAGCCAGGAACCUUCCCUAAGGCACUUUCUAUUGAAAGCCUCUCACCAACAGAUAAUAGCAAUGGGGUGAACUGGAGGACGGGCAGCAUCUCUCUGGGCAGGCAACAGUGCCCUAGUACGAAAGAACCUAGACUUAUGACUUCUUGUCACAGAGAAAGUAGAGUUAGUAUUUAUGACAAUGUCCCUGGCUCACACUUGUAUGCCAGCACUGGAGAUCUUUUGGACUUAGAGAAGGAUGAUCUCUUCCCCCAUUUAGAUGACAUUCUGCAACAUGUUAAUGGACUCCAAGAGGUAGUGAACCACUGGUCAAAGAAUGUCUUGCCUGAGCUACAAACAGAUGAUGCAUUAGCUGGGGAACCUGGCUUGUCGCCCUUUCCAUCUCCCAACCAGAUUACAUUAGAUUUUGAGGGGAACUCAGUUUCUGAUGGUCGUACAACACCUAGUGAUAUGGAAAGGGAUGGAACCUCCCUUAAUGACUCAGAGGCAGCUGGAGUCAGAGAAAGGAGGGAUUCUGGGGUUGGAGCAUCACUCACCCGGCCAAAUAGGAGGUUACGAUGGCAUAGUUUCCAGAUCUCCCAUCAGCCGACUCACUCCCUAGCCUCUCCACAAAUCAGUAAUCAGACAGCUGGCCAGUUGAAUCUCCUCCAGCGAUUCUCACUCCUUCGCCUCACUGCCAUCAUGGAGAAGUAUUCCAUGUCAAAUAAACAUGGCUGGACAUGGUCAGUGCCAAAGUUCAUGAAAAGGAUGAAAGUGCCUGACUACAAAGACAAGAAUGUCUUUGGUGUUCCACUGAUUGUUCACGUCCAGAGAACAGGACAACCUCUUCCUCAGAGCAUUCAGCAAGCACUGAGGUAUCUGCGCAGCAACUGCCUUGAUCAGGUGGGUCUGUUUCGGAAAUCUGGAGUGAAGUCUCGAAUCCAAGCCUUGCGUCAGAUGAAUGAGACCUUCCCAGAGAACGUCAGCUAUGAGGAUCAAUCUGCUUACGACGUGGCAGAUAUGGUCAAACAAUUCUUUCGAGACCUGCCAGAACCACUCUUUACAAGCAAACUAGGAGAAACUUUCCUCCAUAUUUAUCAGUAUGUUCCAAAAGAUCAACGUCUCCAGGCAGUGCAGGCUGCCAUCAUGUUGCUGGCAGAUGAAAACAGAGAGGUCUUACAAACUCUGUUGUGUUUCCUGAAUGACGUUGUCAAUUUAGUGGAAGAAAAUCAGAUGACACCCAUGAACCUGGCUGUAUGUCUGGCCCCUUCCCUUUUCCAUCUUAAUUUAUUAAAGAAAGAAAGUUCCCCAAGAGUGAUACAGAAGAAAUAUGCUACAGGCAAGCCUGAUCAAAAAGACCUCAAUGAGAAUCUGGCAGCCACUCAGGGACUUGCCCACAUGAUAAUAGAAUGUGACAAACUUUUUGAGGUCCCACAUGAUAUGGUAGCUCAAUCUCGUAACUCUUACAUGGAAGCUGAAAUCCAUUCUCCAACACUGGAAGACCUGGGAAAACAGCUGGAAGAGAAUGGAGGAAAUUUCCACAUGUACCUGGAACAUCUCAUCCAGGGUCUACAGAAAGAAGCAAAGGAAAAAUUCAAAGGAUGGGUCACUUGUUCAAGCACAGACAGUACAGACCUCGCUUUCAAAAAGGUUGGAGAUGGAAAUCCACUGAGGCUCUGGAAGGCUUCCGUGGAAGUAGAAGCUCCUCCUUCAGUGGUGUUGAACCGAGUGCUGAGAGAGCGUCACCUUUGGGAUGAGGAUUUUGUGCAAUGGAAGAUUGUGGAGACACUGGACAAACAGACAGAAAUCUACCAAUAUGUUUUGAACAGUAUGGCUCCCCAUCCUUCUAGAGACUUUGUGGUUCUAAGGACCUGGAAGACUGAUUUGCCAAAGGGAAUGUGCACUCUAGUGUCUAUUUCUGUGGAGCAUGAAGAAGCCCAUUUGAUGGGUGGUGUGCGAGCUUUUGUGAUGGAUUCUCAGUAUCUAAUAGAACCUUGUGGCUCUGGCAAGUCCAGGCUGACUCACAUCUGCAGGAUUGAUCUCAAAGGUCACUCCCCAGAGUGGUACAACAAAGGCUUUGGACAUCUUUGCGCAGCUGAAGUAGCCAGAAUAAGAAACUCUUUUCAGCCUAUUAUUGCCGAGGGUCCAGAAACUAAAAUCUGAAAUGGUUGGGCAAAAGGGAAGAGAAAGAAGAAACUCUUAUCAAAGAGAGAAAGACUUGGAAAGUGUUCAACAUGGAAGCACUGAAAAGUGGCCGGAAACUACCAGAGGGCAGAGACUUCUCUGCAAGGUCGUCUUAUGAAGAUGUCCUCAUCACUAAUAUAAUAGAUAUUCUUUUAUCAGAGCUUUUAUCUCUGUUACUUAAAAUUAAAGAUUAUUACUUGUGCAUUGCCUAAUUUUGCUAUUUAAGCGCUUCUACGAAGCAUAUUUUAAAUUGUA